UGACACUGGAACUAAACCUCCAGAGAGCGGUAUCUUUGGUUUUAUGAUUAAUAUUUCAGCACUUUUAGGUGUAAUUACAAUGUGCAUCAGAUAUUUAUUAAUAGAGAAGCAAAAUGAGUCAUCGCACUUUAUUAGGUCUUCAUGCAACAUGUUUUCACUAUGUAUUGGAUUGAUGGGCUGUACUGGAAUGGGCAUAGUUGCAACUUUUCAGGAGCUGUCUGUUCCCAGUGUCCAUGACAUAGGAGCUUUGGUGGCAUUUGGCUCGGGUGUUGUAUACAUUACCCUUCAGUCUAUAAUCUCUUACAAGUCCUGUCCACAAUGGAACACUUACUUUGUGUGUCACAUAAGGAUGGCCAUAUCUGUAAUAUCAUGUAUUGCUUUCAUUCCCAUGAUUGUGUUUGCUUCAAAAAUUUCCAUGACAAAAAUUGAUUGGACUCCAGAUGAAAAGGAUUAUACCUAUCAUGUUGUGAGUGCAAUCUGUGAAUGGACGGUGGCCUUUGGUUUUGUCUUCUUCUUUUUAACAUUCAUUAGAGAUUUUCAGAGAGUUUCUUUAAGGAUAUCAACAGAAAUACAUGAAGACUCCUGA